GUCCAUGGCUGUGAAACCUCAUUGACCAACUACCUGAACCAGUUUAACGUGAACUACAAGAUACAUUUUUCGGGGACGGACCGUUCCAGUGCAGGCGGGGUGGCGAUCUUGAUUCCAUGGUAUGACGAGCGCACUGUGGCGGCUGCUGGGGCUUCGGGACUUCCUCGCCUCCGCCGCCGCGCCCUGGACGAUGGAAGAGCCAUCAUGACGAGCAUCGAGAACCCUGUGACAAAGGGUGAGUUCCGCAUCAUGAAUAUUCACAACUACGAUAUUUCGGAGGCGGGUCGUACAAAGAUCAAACGGGUCUGGAGGGAAUGUAUUGCUUGGUCGAAGCGCGACCCGUUGAAGCACGCGUUCAUUGUUGGCGGCGACUUCAAUAUGACUGAUGUACCGACGGAGUCCAUUCUGUAUCCACAACCGAAACAAACGAGGAGAUCUGAGGCAGGCCGUGCCAACCGUUCGGAGCCGUUCUGGCGUGAGCUCUUCAAUGAUGCGGCGAUGCUCGAGAUUUGUUCUCCAAUUCCGACUCAUUACACUGCUGAUAACAAUACCCUGAGAAUUAUUGAUCGUUUCUUUGUUUCUAUAGAAUCGGCCUUCGACGUUGAGACUGAGAUGGACGUGGAGGUGAUCCAGGACGCCUUCGCACUGAAUGCCAAGCAGCUGAGCGACCAUAUGAUGGAGCCGCACCGCCAGUGGGAGGUGAUCAAGGAACUUAUGACGGUGGCGGCGGAGACUGCGCGUAAUGAACUCUUGGCCAAGGAAGUCACAGGAGAAGGUGAUAUCCCGAGAAGAGCGACCUUACUGGCCUAUGGCGCUGCGGCUCGCGCGGUGCGGCGCCAGGACGUGCGGCUGGCAAAGAAGCUGAUCAACCACGCUAUCGUCGGCGAGAGGGAGCUCUACAUCGAGGGGCACGAGGUGAAGCUGAGGCAGCCCGACACGUUCCACAACCGGGUGAAGGAAGCGCAGGCUGCCAUGUUGGACCGCGAAGCUGCCGCGCUGGAGCGUCAGGGUGCAGGACGCACUACCAAGCGGAGUGCGACGGUGAUGGUGCAGCGGGCGCUCCUGUGGAACAACGCCAAGCGGAUGCUGAUACUGGCUGGUGUGAGGCAGGGCCAGAUGACCAACAUGGCAGCGUCGGGGGCGCUGGCCCCUGAGGAGGUUGAGGUGGUGCGCGAUCCCAGUUCCAUGGUAGAGGCUCUGAAGAAGCACUGGGAGCCCGCCUUCACGGCUUCCCCUGUGCGUGAAGACCUGAUCGGCCCCUUCCUGAAUCGCCGCAUGCCCGAGAUGGAUAAUACGCUGCUGCAGAUUCCCACAUUCGACAACCUCCGCUUCGUCUUCAAACGGGCGAAG